GCUGACGGGGCUGGUGUGGGUGUCGGGCUGGUGUCGGCUGCGGCUCUGCUGCAGAUGAGGGACAGGAUGGCGGGACCUGGAAACACGUUCUAGACUCGGAGCAGUAACCGGUCAUAGCGCAGCUGUCUGUAGUGCUGCUACACAGCGGAUGUUGUAUGAGGACGGGCGGGGGAGAGGCUGUGGUCGCCGCCAGGCGGCGGAUGUAGGAGAGGGGAGCAGAGCGGGGGGAGAGCGGGGGGAGAGCGGAGCUGCUGGAGCUGCUGCUGCCGGAGCUGCAGAAACAAACAUGGCCGCGGUGGAGCUCGAGUGGAUCCCAGAGACGCUGUACAACACCGCCAUCUCGGCCGUGGUCGACAACUACAGCCGGGCCCGGAGGGACAUCCGCUCGCUCCCGGAAAACAUACAGUUCGAUGUGUAUUAUAAGCUUUACCAACAGGGCCGGCUCUGCCAGCUGGGAGGAGAGUUCUGUGAGCUGGAGGUGUUUGCUAAAGUACUGCGGGCCGCAGACAAGAGGCAUCUCCUGCAUCACUGCUUCCAGGCCCUGAUGGACCACGGUGUCAAAGUGGCUUCAGUUCUAGCAAACUCCUUCAGCCGCCGCUGCUCCUACAUCGCAGAGUCCGACGCUCACGUCAAAGAGAAGGCCAUCCAGUUCGGCUUUGUGCUGGGUGGCUUCCUGUCGGACGCUGGGUGGUACGGGGAUGCAGAGAAGGUGUUCCUGUCUUGUCUGCAGCUGUGCAUGCUCCACAGUGAAGUCCUGCACUGUUUCCGGGCCGUGGAGUGCUGUGUCAGGCUGCUCCACGUACGCAACGGAAACUGCAAGUACCACCUGGGGGAGGAGACGUUCAAGCUGGCCACAUCCUACACCGACAAGCUGGCCAAGCACGGCCACCAGGCCAACAAGGCGGCGCUGUACGGAGAACUCUGUGCCUUGCUCUUUGCCAAAAGCCACUACGACGAGGCGUACCGGUGGUGUAUAGAAGCAAUGAAGGAAAUUACUCCAGGGCUGCCUGUCAAAGUAGUGGUGGACGUCCUCCGGCAAGCCUCCAAGGCUUGCGUGGUGAAGAGGGAGUUCAGGAAAGCCGAGCAGCUGAUCAAACACGCAGUGUUCUUAGCCAGAGAACACUUUGGACACAAGCAUCCCAAGUACUCUGACACGCUGCUAGAUUAUGGAUUUUACUUAUUAAAUGUAGACAACAUAUGCCAAUCGGUUGCUAUAUAUCAGACAGCCCUAGACAUCCGACAGUCCGUGUUCGGAGGGAAGAACAUCCACGUUGCCACGGCGCACGAAGACCUGGCCUACUCCUCGUACGUCCACCAGUACAGCUCUGGGAAGUUCGACAAUGCUCUGUUCCACGCAGAACGUGCCAUAGACAUCAUCACUCACAUUCUGCCGGAGGACCACCUCCUGCUGGCCUCGUCCAAGAGGGUCAAAGCCCUGAUCCUGGAGGAAAUCGCCAUCGACUGCCACAACAAAGAGACAGAGGAGCGUCUCCUGCAGGAGGCCCACGACCUGCACCUGUCGUCCCUGCAGCUGGCCAAGAAGGCCUUCGGGGAGUUCAACGUGCAGACGGCCAAGCACUACGGCAACCUGGGCCGCCUCUACCAGUCCAUGAGGAAGUUCAAGGAGGCCGAGGAGAUGCACAUCAAAGCCAUCCAGAUCAAGGAGCAGCUGCUGGGCCACGAGGACUACGAGGUGGCCCUGUCCGUGGGCCACCUGGCCUCGCUCUACAACUACGACAUGAACCAGUACGACGACGCAGAGAGGCUGUACCUGCGCUCCAUCGCCAUCGGGAAGAAGCUGUUUGGGGAGGGCUACAGCGGGCUGGAGUACGACUACCGGGGCCUGAUCAAGCUCUACAACUCGGUGGGGAACUACGAGAAGGUGUUUGAGUACCACAACGUACUGUCCAACUGGAACCGGCUGAGGGACCGGCAGUUCGCCGUGGCCGACGCCCUGGAGGACGUGAACACCACGCCCCAGCACACGCAGGAGGUGGUGCAGGCCUUCCUGCUGGCCCAGAGCCUGGGGCCGUCCCGGCCCUGAGGGGGGCCCUGAGGGGGGCCGGGGGCCCUGAGGGGGGCCAGGGGGCCCAGAGCCUGGGGCCCAGCCGCAUAGACAUAUAAACGUAUCCUUCCAUGGAGCUGCUGUGAUACGUCAACGUUGCCGCCAUAUUGGAUGUUCAAGACUGCUCUGGAAACUAAUUCAAGUAAAUGGACUUAUUUUCAUAAAGUGCCUUUUUUACAAAGAAAUGUACAUUUUACGUCUCAUUUAUUCAUUCACACACGCACUAAUAUACUUGGAAACAGUUAUUAAACAAUAUAAUAUAUUUGAUUUUCUCAGAUGGUA